AUGGCUACAGUGCAGGAUACGGCCCCAUGGAAAAACAAAGCAAUCUCUAAAGUCAGUGCCGUAUCCAGGGGUGGUAAUAGCACAGAUAAGGGCAGUGACAAGGUGGGCCCGUGUAGCCGGGGGAGCUGGUGGCUGGGAACAUUAAAAGACACGCCUGUACCGGGUCUGUACCACGUCCGGGAUUUCAUCGAGGAAUCUGAGUUGAACCCAGUGAAGAAAACCUACGGGUUCAAAGGUGUGGGCAGAAGAGCUGCCACUCUGGGUGAAUAUAAGGGUGAGCUGCUGCUGCCUGGAGCGUACCACUACACCGACUCCACCCAGGAAGUACUGAAGCGCCACAUGACCUACUCCUUCAAAAACUGUCCACGGCCUGACAUCUCCACCCUGGAGGGCCGGGACAAGCAUAUACACACUUCACCGUGCGACUACAAUGUGACAGCGAAACCAGUGGAGAAGAUUCCCUGCAAGCAUGUGAUGUUUCGGUCGAGCGUGCAGCGGAUCAGCUUUCUGCCUAAAGAAGGACCUGCUCCAUGUCAGUACAAUCCAGAGACCAGACCAGAAAAAAGCAUCACUUCCUGCUUCAAAUCCACAUUACCACGGCUCCAGCAUGUCCCCUCGAAGACCCCCGGACCAGGAGCCUAUGAACCCUUCUGGAAGUUGGGCGACCCUCUCAACAUGGACGACGUGGACCCAUCAUUUAGCCUGUUCUUCCGUAACAUUCCCUAGCUCGGAAUAUAUCCCCCCAA